CUGUCCCUUUGGGUGUGCUUUUGUCCACCAUUCUCUGGAAAUAUUUUCGAUUAUAACUGAUGUGAAAAGAGCGCACUUGUUGUCGCACUGAUACAGUUUGGACUGUUAAACGUUUUCGAGUGUUUUUCUUUGUAUUUUUUGUCCAAAGAUGGCACACAGUAGAAAUUCGGUGGCGGGCCUGCUAUACAGCUUUGCUUUCUUUCUUCAAUCCUUUCUCUUCGGCUAUGGAGAUGUGAGCUAUUCUUUUCCCGAGGAAAUGAAGACCGGAUCUGUCAUAGGAAAUGUAGCAAGGGACCUCGGACUGAACGUGGGGGAAUUAUCUGUUCGAAAGGCCCGCAUUGACAGCGAUCUGAACCGUAAACGGUAUUGUGACAUAAAUCCAAGCACUGGCGAUUUAAUUGUAGCUGAGAGGAUUGAUAGAGAGGCUCUUUGUGGCGAAAAGGCAUCUUGCAUCCUCAAAUCUGAAUUGGUCUUAGAGGCGCCACUUGUGUUACAUCGAAUUUCAUUACAAAUACAAGAUAUCAAUGACAAUCAACCUGUUUUUGCGAAAGACGAAAUAAAAAUAGAAAUCAAUGAAUUGGCUGUAAAGGGAUCCCGUUUCCGUAUUUUGGAAGCACACGAUCUCGAUAUUGGACAAAACGCUGUUCAAAGAUAUGUGUUGCAGACUAACAGUUAUCUAGUGCUGAAAAUGCAGACUAAAUUAGAUGGAGGCAGAUUUGCUGAACUAGUGUUGCAAAAGGAAUUGGAUCGCGAGGAACAGCGGGAAUUCCGAUUACUGCUUACUGCACUGGAUGGGGGCAGUCCUAAAAGAAGUGGCACGACUACCGUGCAUGUAAUUGUCUUAGACGCUAACGAUAACGCUCCGGUUUUUAGUCAACCUGUGUAUAAAGCCAGUCUUCCUGAAAAUUCUCCUUUAUAUACUGUAGUGGUUAAAGUGGCUGCAACUGAUGCAGAUGAAGGUCUAAAUGGUAAGGUGACUUAUGAGCUAAGUCGUAUAUCAGAGACUGGCAGAAGAGCAUUUGAUUUAAAUCACAUCACAGGAGAAAUAAAGGUAAUCGGACCUUUGGAUUUUGAAGAAGAGUCCGUUUAUGAAAUGCGUGUAGAUGCUAAAGACGGAUAUGGUCUUACCUCAGACUCAAAAGUAAUAAUUGAGCUGUCAGAUGUAAAUGACAACCCACCUGGGAUUAGUUUAAAAUCACUAUCUAACCCCAUACCCGAGAGCGCGUCGCCUGGUACAGAGGUGGGCAUCAUUAACGUGCAGGACAAAGACUCUGGGAAUAACGGACAGGUUCGCUGCUCCAUCCAGCAGGGUGUCCCCUUUAAGUUGGUUCCGUCUAUUAAAAACUAUUAUUCUCUGGUCACCACGGGACAACUGGACCGUGAACUAGUGUCCGAUUACAACAUUACAAUCACUGCCACUGACGAGGGCUCUCCACCUCUGUCCUCUUCUAAAAGUGUUCAGUUAUCUGUAGCUGACAUCAACGACAACCCACCUGUGUUCGAGGAACAGUCGUACAGCGCAUAUGUGAGUGAGAAUAACAAACCGGGCUCCACUUUAUGUUCCGUUAGUGCUCGAGACCCCGACUGGAGACAGAACGGCACAGUGGUUUAUUCUCUGUUAGCUGGUGAGGUGAACGGUGCCCCGGUGUCCUCCUAUCUGUCUGUGAACGGAGACACGGGUGUGAUCCACGCUGUGAGGUCGUUUGAUUAUGAACAGUUCAGGAGUUUUAAAGUCCACGUGAUGGCCAGAGACAAUGGUUCUCCUCCACUCAGCAGCAACGUGACUGUGAGUGUUUUCAUCUCAGAUGUGAAUGACAACUCUCCUCAGAUCCUGUACCCCUCCCUGGAGGGCAACUCCUUCAUGACCGAGCUGGUCCCCAAAGCUGCACACGGAGGCUCUCUGGUGUCCAAAGUGAUCGCGGUGGACGCAGACUCAGGACAGAACGCCUGGCUGUCCUAUCAAAUAGUCAAAUCCACUGAUCCGGGACUUUUUACCAUUGGUGUCCACAGCGGAGAGAUCAGGACACACCGGGACAUUUCUGAAACUGACAGCAUGAAACAGAACCUUGUAGUGGCAGUGAAAGAUAACGGACAGCCCUCUCUGUCUGCCACCUGUUCCAUGUAUUUACUUAUUUCUGAUAACUUGGCUGAGGUGCCAGAACUGAAGGAUCUGUCUUAUAAUGAGAGCAAUUCCAAACUGACCUCUUAUCUCAUCAUCGCGCUGGUGUCUGUGUCCACGUUUUUUCUGACUUUCAUCAUCAUCAUCCUGGGUUUGAGGUUUUGUCGCAGGAGAAAGCCCAGACUGUUAUUUGACGGAGCAGUGGCCAUCCCCAGCGGUUAUCUCCCUCCUAAUUACGCAGAUGUUGAUGGCACAGGAACUUUACACAGCGCUUACAAUUAUGAUGCGUACCUGACCACAGGUUCAAGAACCAGUGACUUUAAGUUUGUGACAUCGUACAAUGACAACACGCUGCCUGCUGACCAGACUCUGAAGAAAAGUCCAUCAGACUUUGCUGAAAUGUUUGAUAAUCCAGAUGAAUCUGUAGAGAUGUGA